AUACCGCAUCUGCAUCCGUUUCAAUUACGCAUUGUAUAAAUAUGUAUACUUACCGUCGCCGACGAAAAUUCAUCAUCACUCAGAAGAAAAGAUUGCACGCGCGCCCCCAAGACGUUAAGAAGUCUUGAUAGCGGGCGAGUAUCGUAAUUCGUAAUCAAACCACUAACGUGUAAGCUUAUAGGUAAGUUACUUACACGUUGAUUUCGCGAAGAGAGAAGAGCGAAGAGAGCAUACACAUGUGAUUAAUCACGUUUGAUUAUUAUAACAUACCGUUUGCCCACGCACACAUAGUGACGCGGUCGCCUCUCGGCUCUCGCGCAGUAAUAAAAACAACAGAUACGCUUUAUACACGCUCGCUCUCCGUGUGUGUCACGAAAAAAGACCCAUCCAGAAAAAUCUCAGUGUACGUGCUUGAAGUGUGUCUCCCUUAUACGACUGAAAAUCGGAUAAAUCCAAUGUAAACAGGCAAUGAGCUCAUAUGUCCAGGUUGGGUAGGACACAGGUACUGGCAACCAGCGAGUACAGCCAGCAUCAAUCAGCACUCAAAAGGCCAAGAUACAAUAACAGUACAGUUGACGGAGAAGACCUUAGUAUGGCUGACGCUGCUACAUCACCUGGUGGCAAUGCCCAAGCACAGCAGUGCAAAAGACCCAAUUUUUCACUGGCUGUUGCCAACCCUAAUGGAGUUAAUAAGAUGACUACAAGCUUGGCUACUGGCAAACCUGGUACUGCCAAGAAGCUUAUCAUUAAAAAUUUCAAAGAAAAACCAAAGCUUCCUGAAAACUAUCAAGAGGAAACAUGGGAAAAGUUAAGGGAGGCAGUAAUCGCAAUACAAACAAGCAAAAGCAUACGUUAUUCCUUGGAAGAAUUAUACAAAGCAGUGGAGAACAUGUGUAGCCAUAAAAUGGCUCAUAAUCUCUAUGUUAAUCUGACUGAAUUGGUAGAAUGCCAUGUGAAGGCUAAUACAGAGCAAUUUUUAGCCGAGUCCAUGGACAGACAUAUAUUCUUGAAAAAGAUGAACGAGUGUUGGCAGUCUCAUUGUAGGCAGAUGAUCAUGAUUAGAAGUAUAUUUCUUUAUCUUGACAGGACUUAUGUCUUACAAAAUCCAGGCAUCUCAUCUAUAUGGGAUAUGGGCCUGUACCUCUUUAGACUUCACAUUGUUCUUAAUAACUUGGUACAAACACGCACUGUAGAGGGUCUUCUUAUGCUAAUUGAAAAAGAACGUCAAGGCGACACAGUCGAUCGUACGUUACUCAAGUCUUUACUGCGAAUGCUGUCAGAUCUGCAGAUCUAUCAGGACGCCUUUGAAUCUAAAUUCCUUGGUGCCACUGAGAGGCUUUAUGCUGCCGAGGGACAGAGACUCAUGCAAGAACACGAUGUACCUGAGUAUCUUGCUCACGUGGACAAACGGUUGCAAGAGGAGAACGAGAGACUUUUGCAUUACCUCGAUUCUUCUACGAAAUGGUCUUUGAUUCACACGGUAGAAAAGCAAUUGCUGUCGGAGCACGUGACAAGUAUUUUACAAAAGGGAUUGAGUGGAUUAUUAGAUGAGAAUAGAAUUAGCGAUUUGUCGUUACUCUACAACUUAUACAAUCGUAUUAAAAAUGGUCUGACAGAACUUUGUAUAAACUUUAAUUGUUAUAUCAAGAAACGAGGUAAAACAAUAGUAAUAGAUCCAGAGAAAGAUAAGACUAUGGUACAAGAAUUACUAGAUUUUAAGGAUAAAAUGGACAAUAUUGUCAACACAUGUUUUCAUAGAAACGAGAAAUUCGCCAACAGUUUGAAAGAAGCUUUCGAGGCAUUCAUUAAUCAAAGAGCAAAUAAACCAGCUGAACUUAUUGCAAAGUUCGUGGACUGCAAAUUGCGAGCUGGCAAUAAGGAGGCAACCGAAGAAGAAUUGGAGCGUCUGUUGGAUAAGAUAAUGGUCUUGUUCCGUUUCAUCCACGGAAAAGAUGUAUUUGAAGCUUUCUAUAAAAAGGAUCUAGCAAAAAGAUUGUUAGUUGGCAAAUCAGCUUCGGUGGACGCAGAAAAAUCAAUGUUGUCCAAGUUGAAGCAAGAAUGUGGUGGUGGUUUUACCAGUAAACUUGAGGGCAUGUUCAAAGACAUGGAACUCAGUAAGGAUAUCAACAUCGCUUUCAAACAGUACUCGGGUAAUCUGCAAAAUGAACUUAUCGCUAGUAACUUGGAUUUGACGGUGUCGAUUCUUACUAUGGGUUACUGGCCGACUUAUCCCGUUAUGGAAGUAACCUUGCCAGCUGAGAUGGUUCAGUAUCAGGAUAUUUUCAACAAGUUCUAUUUGGGAAAGCAUAGUGGUCGUAAGUUGCAGUGGCAACCUACGCUUGGGCAUUGUGUACUCAAGGCUUCUUUCAAUCAGGGUAAUAAAGAAUUGCAAGUAUCUUUGUUCCAAGCUCUUGUCUUACUCCUUUUUAACGAUUCGGAUAACAUGUCGUUGGAAGAAGUCAAGACUGCUACAAAUAUCGAAGAUGGCGAGCUUCGACGAACAUUACAAUCAUUAGCCUGUGGUAAAGCCCGGGUACUCCACAAAAAUCCGAAAGGACGUGACGUGGAGGAUAACGAUAGAUUUAUUUUAAAUGCAGACUUUACUAACAAACUAUUUAGAAUAAAGAUUAAUCAAAUUCAGAUGAAGGAGACAAACGAAGAACAAAAAGCGACGGAAGAACGAGUGUACCAAGACAGACAGUACCAAAUAGACGCGGCUAUCGUUCGAAUCAUGAAGAUGAGGAAAACAUUGAUUCAUAACUGUCUUAUAACUGAAUUGUACAAUCAGCUCAAGUUUCCCGUAAAGCCUGCUGACUUAAAGAAACGAAUAGAAUCGUUAAUCGACCGAGACUAUAUGGAGCGCGACCGAGAUAACGCGAAUCAGUAUAACUACGUGGCGUAACCUCGCAGUGUGAAUGCGAAUGCAGUGAAAGUUCAGAACAUAGAUGUGCCGACAGCAAUUUAUAGGAAUAAACGUUCGAUAAUGGCAAUACUUUUAGAACUGAUGGUGUGUAGCAUCUUUACAUUCUUUUUGUUUUUUAUCGACGAUUUAACAAAUUGCUUGUUUAUUCGUUCAUCACGAAAGUGAGAUGAUUACAUCUGUCUCUUGACUGCUAUAUUUGUGAAAUAAAUAAUCAGAGAUAUGCCUUGAUCUAAUGGAGAUGAGCGAUGCUGUAUGAACCGACUUGUAGUUUUUUGAAAUUCGUGAAUUAUUGUAGACACUUGAUUGAGUAUUGUGACAAAUUAUUUGUUAUUUUUUUACUGAGAAUAUGUGUGAGACAUAGAGCUGACACUGACGAAUAAUUUUUUCGUGAUCUUCAUUAGUAAGAAAUUAAUAACAAAUUCGUAGAAUAAUCAUAUGUCGGUAAACAGUUUUCAGGUCUCCCGAAAGUCUCUGUAAUUUCUUUUGCGUUUCUUAAUAAAAUAGAAAAAAUGUACGUGGAGAAUUUUGACGAGAUAAAGCUGAAUUAUUGCUUUUCUUAGCUAAAAACAUGAAGCAAGGAUCGAAUGAGAUGUAUUCUCGUAUAGUUCGUAGGUAAGAAAGUAAUAGAAAAACAUGGAUGAUAACUGUCAAAGAAGACGCUUUUACAUAAAGAUUCGAUAUUUAAUUGUAACCGCGACUAUGUUUGCUUUUUUUAAUAGCGAAACAUUCGUUUUUACAAAAUGUGAGCGACUUUAGUUUAACUGAAAAAGAAAUUUCGGCUGCUAUUGAAAGAAAAAUUUUAGAAUAUUUGAGGAGAAACAUUUUUUUAUUUGAAAAAAUUAUGUGUAUAAAAGAAAAAUUGUUUUCUCGAUUCAUUCGAUCAUUUUUGUAUACAAGGCUCAAUUGUAGCUUACAAGCAGAAGAAAAUAUUGUUUGGCAAUAACUAUAACAUAAAUUUUGUGGUGUCAAUUAAUAAAAUAAUUUCUUUGCUUAUCUCGUUGAAUUGUUUAAUUUGAAAUAAUAGAAAAAGGAAAUCAUUAUUUGUAAAAAUUAGCAUAAUGAUUUAUGUAUGGGUAUUAUUUCAAAGAAAAAAACAAAAGAAGACAAGUGGUAGACAUUAAGUACAUUUAAAAACCACUGAGUUCUAUAAGAAUUGAUAUUAUAAUUGUAAAAAAGUCUGCAUCAAUUCUGUCUGGCUAAGAGAUAUAAAGUAACCUCGCGUUUUCGAAAUGAAGAAAAGCAAAAUAGCAAAAAGGAAUCAUCUUGAGACUGACAUUUGGUAAAACAAACGCCUUUCCAGUCAGUCAAAGUGAGCAUUAAAUAGCGUCAGGAUCAGUAAAGUAAAGAGGUACAUUAUUUUUAUGUAAGACAUAUUUGUCAAAGACGUUGUAAAUAGUAACACAGGUACGUACUUGUAAUAAAAUAACUAUAAUACAUGGUUUUUAUUCACAGUCACUGUUCUGUUUUUACUUGAUUCGCUACGUUGUAACUUUUUCUUUUUCAUCACUACAAUAUAUAUGCCAAUACUACAGUCAUUUUAUUGAGCUGUUUUUUCAAUCAUCCACUUUCCUAGCUAUUAAGUAAGAUGGUGAUUUUACUUCUGAUAAACCUUAAGUUGUUGUAAAUU